AUGAGCGGCGGCGGCGGCGGCGGAGGGGGCUCGGCGCCCAGUCGCUUCGCCGACUACUUUGUCAUCUGCGGGCUGGACACCGAGACCGGGCUGGAGCCGGACGAGCUGUCGGCAUUAUGCCAGUACAUACAGGCUUCUAAAGCCAGGGAUGGUGCCAGCCCUUUCAUUUCAAGUACAACUGAAGGAGAAAAUUUUGAGCAGACACCAUUAAGACGAACAUUCAAGUCUAAGGUCCUUGCACGAUAUCCUGAGAAUGUGGACUGGAAUCCCUUUGACCAAGAUGCAGUGGGAAUGCUAUGCAUGCCCAAAGGGCUGGCAUUCAAGACCCAGGCUGAUCCCAGGGAGCCUCAGUUCCAUGCCUUUAUUAUCACUAGGGAGGAUGGUUCUCGGACCUUUGGGUUUGCUCUCACAUUUUAUGAGGAGGUGACUAGCAAGCAGAUCUGCAGUGCAAUGCAGACCCUCUACCACAUGCAUAAUGCGGAGUAUGAUGUCCUCCAUGCUCCACUUGCUGAUAGCCGAGACCUCAGUGGCAUGGAGGAUGGUGAUGGCACUCCUGGGACCAAGCUGCAGCGCUUCAACUCCUACGACAUUAGCCGGGAUACACUCUACGUCUCUAAGUGCAUCUGCCUCAUCACGCCCAUGUCCUUCAUGAAAGCAUGUCGGAGUGUGCUGGAACAGCUUCACCAGGCAGUUACUUCACCUCAGCCCCCUCCACUGCCUCUUGAGAGCUACAUAUACAACGUACUAUAUGAGGUGCCACUCCCACCUCCUGGCCGGUCCUUGAAGUUUUCCGGGGUCUAUGGGCCAGUUGUCUGCCAGAGACCAAGUACCAGUGAGCUUCCCCUGUUCGACUUUCCUGUCAAAGAGGUCUUUGAACUGCUUGGGGUGGAGAAUGUGUUUCAACUUUUUACUUGUGCCCUUCUGGAGUUUCAAAUCCUGCUCUACUCACAGCAUUACCAGCGACUGAUGACUGUGGCGGAGACAAUUACAGCUCUCAUGUUUCCUUUCCAGUGGCAGCAUGUCUAUGUUCCUAUUCUCCCGGCUUCUCUCCUACAUUUCUUAGAUGCUCCUGUACCAUACUUGAUGGGCUUGCAUUCUAAUGGCUUGGAUGACCGGUCAAAACUGGAGCUGCCCCAAGAGGCUAACCUCUGCUUUGUGGACAUUGACAACCAUUUCAUUGAGUUACCAGAGGACUUGCCUCAGUUUCCCAACAAAUUGGAGUUUGUCCAGGAAGUCUCUGAGAUUCUCAUGGCAUUUGGCAUUCCUCCUGAAGGAAACCUUCACUGUAGCGAGAGUGCUUCCAAGCUGAAGAGGCUCCGGGCCUCUGAGCUCGUCUCUGACAAGAGGAAUGGAAACAUCGCAGGCUCCCCUUUACAUUCCUAUGAGUUCCUCAAGGAGAAUGAAACUAUCGCCCGCCUGCAGGCCUUGGUCAAGAGGACUGGGGUGAGCCUGGAGAAGCUGGAAGUUCGGGAUGACCCCAGCAGCAAUAAGGAUCUCAAAGUUCAGUGUGAUGAAGAAGAACUCAGAAUUUAUCAGCUAAACAUUCAGAUCCGGGAAGUUUUUGCAAAUCGUUUCACUCAGAUGUUUGCAGAUUAUGAGGUGUUUGUCAUUCAGCCCAGCCAGGAUAAGGAGUCCUGGUUUACCAACAGGGAGCAGAUGCAAAAUUUUGAUAAAGCAUCUUUUCUGUCAGAUCAGCCUGAGCCCUACCUGCCUUUCCUCUCAAGAUUCUUGGAGACUCAGAUGUUUGCUUCUUUCAUUGACAACAAAAUCAUGUGUCAUGACGAUGAUGAUAAAGAUCCUGUGCUCCGGGUGUUUGACUCCCGAGUAGACAAGAUCAGGCUGUUGAAUGUUCGGACACCUACUCUGCGCACAUCCAUGUACCAGAAGUGUACCACUGUGGAUGAAGCAAAGAAAGCAAUUGAGCUUCGACUGGCAAAAAUUGAUCAUACUGCGGUUCACCCCCAUUUACUUGACAUGAAGAUUGGACAGGGGAAGUAUGAGCCAGGCUUCUUCCCUAAGCUGCAGUCUGACGUGCUUUCCACUGGGCCAGCCAGCAACAAGUGGACAAAAAGGAAUGCUCCUGCCCAGUGGAGGCGUAAAGACCGGCAGAAGCAGCACACAGAACACCUGCGUUUAGACAAUGACCAGAGAGAGAAGUACAUCCAGGAAGCCAGGAAUAUGGGCAGCACCAUCCGCCAGCCCAAACUGUCCAACCUCUCCCCGUCAGUGAUUGCCCAGACCAACUGGAAGUUUGUGGAAGGUCUGCUGAAGGAGUGUCGCAACAAGACCAAGAGGAUGCUGGUGGAGAAGAUGGGGCGAGAGGCUGUGGAACUAGGACAUGGGGAAGUGAACAUCACAGGGGUGGAAGAGAAUACCUUGAUUGCCAGUCUUUGUGACCUACUGGAAAGGAUUUGGAGUCAUGGGCUACAGGUGAAACAGGGGAAAUCAGCUUUGUGGUCCCACCUGUUACAUUAUCAGGAAAACCGGCAGAGAAAACUCACAUCAGGAAGCCUCAGUACCUCAGGAAUAUUUCUUGAUUCAGAACGGAGGAAGUCUGAUGCCAGCUCCGUCAUGUCUCCCCUGAGAAUCUCCCUCAUUCAGGAUAUGAGGCACAUCCAGAACAUUGGAGAAAUCAAGACUGAUGUGGGAAAAGCCAGAGCAUGGGUGCGUCUGUCCAUGGAGAAAAAGUUACUUUCCAGACACCUGAAGCAGCUUCUCUCAGACCAUGAGCUCACCAAAAAGCUCUACAAGCGCUACGCCUUCCUGCGCUGUGACGACGAGAAGGAACAGUUCCUCUAUCAUCUCCUCUCUUUCAAUGCUGUCGAUUACUUCUGCUUCACCAAUGUCUUCACGACUAUCCUGAUUCCUUACCACAUCCUCAUCGUACCGAGCAAGAAGCUGGGGGGCUCUAUGUUCACCGCCAACCCAUGGAUCUGCAUCUCAGGAGAACUGGGUGAGACACAGAUCCUGCAGAUUCCAAGGAACCUGUUAGAGAUGACCUUUGAGUGCCAGAACUUGGGGAAACUCACUACUGUGCAGAUAGGCCAUGAUAACUCUGGACUCUAUGCCAAAUGGUUGGUGGAGUAUGUGAUGGUCAGGAAUGAGAUCACCGGACAUACCUACAAGUUUCCAUGUGGCCGCUGGUUGGGGAAGGGCAUGGAUGAUGGGAGCCUGGAGCGGGUCCUGGUUGGGGAGCUGCUCACAUCCCAGCCUGAGGUGGAUGAGAGGCCGUGCCGGACCCCGCCCCUGCAGCAGUCUCCCAGCGUCAUCCGGAGGCUUGUUACCAUCUCACCCAACAACAGACCCAAGCUGAACACUGGGCAGAUCCAGGAGUCCAUUGGUGAGGCAGUCAAUGGCAUCGUGAAGCACUUCCAUAAGCCUGAGAAAGAGCGAGGUAGUCUGACACUGUUGCUUUGUGGAGAAUGUGGCCUUGUCUCGGCCCUGGAACAGGCUUUCCAGCAUGGAUUUAAGUCACCACGGCUCUUCAAAAAUGUCUUCAUUUGGGAUUUUUUGGAAAAAGCACAAACCUAUUAUGAGACUUUGGAGCAGAACGAACUUGUCCCUGAGGAAAACUGGCAUACGAGGGCCCGGAACUUCUGCCGAUUUGUCACGGCAAUCAAUAAUAAUCCCCGGAACAUCGGCAAGGAUGGCAAGUUUCAGAUGCUGGUGUGCUUGGGAGCCAGAGACCACCUCUUGCACCACUGGAUCGCCCUGCUGGCCGACUGCCCCAUCACGGCACACAUGUAUGAGGAUGUGGCACUGAUCAAAGACCACACACUUGUCAAUUCCUUGAUCCGCGUGCUGCAGACGCUGCAGGAGUUCAACAUCACUCUGGAGACGUCCCUGGUCAAGGGCAUCGACAUCUGA